UUUAGCUGUAUGAUGUCCGUUCCGGUGGCACAACCAUCCAUGGGCUGCUGUUGAUCUCGGUGUCUCUGGCGCUGAUCAUCAUGUCCAUGCACAUCAGUAUGCUGACACUGGCUCCACAAUAUGUGAUGUUCGGUAGCCAGACAUAUAUCAAUAACGGGACCAUCGUGCCCUGUGAAACCUCUCCUCACGAUGGUGGAGUGUGCACUAUCACACGCGCGGCAGCUUUCUCGCAGCGGUUGUCCUACAACUACCCGGUGUUUGGCGCUGUCGUAUUUGGCAUGAACUGGCUGUUUCUAUUUAUAGUUGCGCUGGCCACACCAGUGGUGAUCAUUGUACAGCGACGACCGACUCUAAAACAUGAUCUUGGCGGUGUAAUGGGCAUGGCUGGAACAGAUAGGACGAACAACAGGAGUGCCAGCGCUCGAGACAGGGAUAAUCGACCACUUACAGCUGGCAUUGGAUUGGACGACGGAGAUGACGAUAGUGACUAUGACGAUUUUGACGACUAUAACGAAAUGGAGAGCUUGUGAGAAAUAAGAGUGAGCGUAAGUAUAUAUG